AUGAUGGAGACACCGCCCGUCCCCAAGCCGCGAUCCUCGGGCGUUGCUCAAAGCGAUCCGAUGAAAAAACCAGUUCCGUUACCGCGUACUAAACUGCCCAAUAGCAGUGAAAGAAUAACUGCAUCUGAACUCUUACGAUCCAUAGGUUCCGUAUCAAAACAAUUUAGUGGUGACGUUGCUCAAAAAGUCACAACUUCGGCUAAAUCUACCAAUGAAAGAAUAGAAAAGUCCAUUGUGGAUGGAUCGAAAUUCGCAAGAGACACUUUGGAAAAAACAAUCAACACAUCAAAAGCUGUGAGGGCAUCUGUUACAAAAUCAGUUAUAGAAGGUACAAAAAUUGCCGGUCAGAAAAUGCGCAGGGCAAGGAAAUCUCAGACAGAGCAAAAUGAAGAUCCACAGAGAUGUAUUUCGAUGCCAGAUGUGGAUGUUUCAUUCUUUGACAAUAUUCAGUUUCACUCUCCACUUCUGGAACAAAAAAAGUUACAAACACUGGAAGCAAAGGAUCUUUGUGAUGGGGAUAAGUCAUUAGUCUCACAAAAUUGCCAUAUUACUGACUCUUCACUUAAUUCAUGUAACUCUGACUCCUUAACUGACAGCGUAAGCAUGAUUGAAAGUGAAGAAUUUAAUCACAAUGAUUCUAUUUCUAAUUUAGAGAUGGACAUGACAUACGAUACUCCAAGAGUGUCCAGAGCCAAUAGUUUCAUCAGUGUCAAGUCUGCUCCAGAAGUACCAGGCAGAAGAAAAAAAAGAGAAAUUGAAAUCAUGAGACAAAAUUCAUUAUAUGAAAACUGGACACUUCCACAUACAUCUAAGACAAAUCCAGAAUCUGUAGAAAAGCCCAGUACGAGUACAAUAUAUGAAUUUGACCCACUUAACUUCACACCAACAAGCAAGACAUAUGAUGGUGUUAGUAAUGAACUGCUAUUACUUGAGUCAUUUCUGAUAGGUGAUACAUAUGGUACAAUUGUCUCAAAUAAUGUCAGCAAUGACGAACCAUUUGAUUUUGUUGAAAGUGACUAUUUCAAUCCACCCACACCUCCGGAGAGAUUUGACAGUCUGGCUCAAUCCGAAACAAAGUCUGACAUUCCACUAAAUCAAAGAAAAAAUUCUAAUUGGUAUGUUGACAGUGAUUGCAAUGCAAAUAAUAUCACUACCACAGAGGACAUAAAACCCACAAAUUCAGUUAUGCAAAGAUUCAGUAACAUGCUGAAAUUGGACAAUGUCUUAUACAAAACAAAGCAAUCAGCCGUUAAAGUAGACACAGUAGAGAGACCAGCUAUUAAUCAAUUACCAGUGGCAUAUUAUAGCGGAACAUUAAGCAAAGUCACUUCAGGAACCGUUGAAGACCUAUUCAAAAAUACACAGUCUUGUAGCCGAUACUGUGUUUUGUCUGAUCAGAAGUUGGUGUGUUAUACUGAUGCAGUUAAUUCAAUUGUUAAAGAAGUUUAUACAGUUGACAGUAUUAAUUCUUUACAAAUUGUACUACCUUUGUCUUCUAGCACCUCAAAUAAUUAUUACUGCUUCGAGCUGACAAUAUCAAUGGGAGUCAAGAAUUCCCCGCGUAAAGUGCUUUUCGGUUGUGGUAGUGCGUCGGAAAGAAGAAAUUGGGGUCAGAAAAUUGCAGAACAUUUGAGUAGUGGAUUUCCUACAAAAUAUACAUCCGAGUUUACCAGAUGUGGAUGGUGUUAUAUGAAGGAAGGCGUUACUGGGGAGUGGCGUAGUGCUUGGCUGAUGCUAGUCCGACGUGUCUUGGUUUACUGCACAGCAUCUGACAGCCUUUGCAUUGUGGAUCUUAGAAAAGCAAGAUGUGUUGUCAAUCAAGAUGCCGACGAAGAAACGAAAGAGAAAUGUCCUUCCGAUGGUAGCCCCAACCUCCUCCUCGACUGUCCUCACGUUACUUUAUAUCUACGUUUUCAACAUGAAAAAGACCUCAAGGGUUGGAGGUAUAUGGUGAAACUAGCUGCACACAACAAUGGCGCUUACUUACAUCAUCAGCAGCUCACCAAGGAUGAUGUGCCAGCUGUUGUGGAUAAAUGCAUUAGUUUUGUUUAUGCUCAUGGCAGUCUCUCUGAAGGUAUAUAUCGUCGAGCGGGUAGUAGUUCAGUGCUUGCCGAGUUACUUGGACGGUUUCGACGCGACGCGUGGUCAGUGGUGUUGAGUCCCGGGCAGCACUCAGAACACGAUGUCGCCGGUGUCCUAAAACGAUUCUUUAGGGACCUACCGGAGUCUCUUAUACCUCAAGACAAACAUAAGGCGCUUAUAUCUACAUUGGAUAUAAAGGACUCGAAGGAACGUAACACCGAAUAUAGAAAGAUUAUGAACGGACUACCCCUAGUCGCUUGUAAUACGGCUCGCAAGCUAUUCGCACAUUUGCACUUUUUGCACACUAUGUCCCACGCUAACAAGAUGAAUUGUGAGAAUCUCGCUUCCAUUUGGGCACCUACGAUUAUGCCGGCCGCCUUGACAAGCCAAACGCUACAAACAGCGUGGUCAGCCAAAGAGCAGUAUGUAGUGCGCGAUUUAAUAGCAAAUUUUGAAGCAAUAUGGGAACCAACGGAAACUGAAAUCAGGCGAGAAGCGGCGAUAAGGCGCGUGUUGAUGCGCGUUCUAAGCAACACUGCGCCUGCGCCGCCAAAGGCCGCUGGUGAUCUACGAGCUUGGAUCUAUAUCAAUGAUCGAAAUACUUGCCAUCAUGUAGCGCUAACACCAAAUAAAUCCAGCUCCGAUUUAUGUAUAGAGCUUAGUGAAAAAGCCCAAAUGGAGUCACAUUUAAUGAUGAUUGAGGAGGUGAUAUGCAAUGAUUCGAUGCGACGUAUCGUCCACAAGGACGAAAUAGUCCUGAACGUGGUCUUACGCUGGAGCUAUUGGGAUGAAGAGGAUAGGAAAGAAAACUAUUUGAUAAUUAAGAAUAAUAAGAUCUUACAUGAUAUGGAGGGGAUGAAAAAUUCAAAGGCGGUUUGCGGAGAGUUGAGGCUCGCAAACGAAACGACAAAAACUUUCAAACUGCACAUGUUUGAGUGCAAUAAUAGUAAAUUGUGCUACUUCAAGGAUAAACAGGGAUCACAUAAAAUUGAAGAAUGGCACGUUAAAGAUAUACUUUGGUACAUCGGCCAUGAACCGAAACGCAAUCCACAAUCUAGAUGGGCCAUCACCUUUAUACCAAAGAACAAUAAACAAAAGAGAGGUAAGGACCGACCCUGGUUUGGCUGUACCAUCGCGGGGGCAGUAACAGACGACCAGCUUAAGUGGACGACGGCGUUAAUGUUUGCUGAACAUCCUGAUAUUCUGCCCACACCCAGACUGGUCAUCACUUAG